GUGGACCUAUACAAACUGUUUACCUGAUAAAAACUCCUCAUUCUUAUCGUCUCUCCUUUUCUCCUUUCUGGCUCCACACUUGGUCAGCAGCUGGUGUCUCAGACCCAAAAAUCUCUCCCUAUUAAUCUUGUUUUUCUCGGGAGGGUUUCUUUUAAGAUCUUUGAAAAUCCCAUUCUGUUGAGUGUUUGAUUGAGGCUGUUCUAAGUUUAAAAUAAAUUUAAUUAGCCUGAUUCAUAUUUCUGCGAAUGGAUAGAUGGGUCACUCUUUUCUACCUCAACUAUUGUUGCUCAGCAUAAAUCUGAUUGGUCAUUGAAGAUAAACUGUGAGACAUUUGAUAGGAAAUUACUUGGAAUAGAAGAUGAACAACUCCUCUACAGGAUCCUCAUCGAAAUCGAAAGCUGGGUCUUCUUCACAGCCUUCGGAAACUUCAUUUAAGCGAAAGCGGGGGAUGUUUCAGAAAGACUUGCAGCACAUGAUGUAUGGUUUUGGCGAUGAUCCAAAUCCUCUCCCAGAGACAGUGGCACUUGUGGAGGAUAUUGUUGUGGAAUAUGUUACGGAUAUGGCACAUAAAGCCCAAGAAAUCGGAUCAAAGAGGGGAAAGCUUUCAGUUGAGGAUUUUUUGUUUCUAAUUCGCAAGGAUCCUCCGAAGCUCAACCGUUGUACGGAGUUGCUGUCUAUGCAAGAGGAGCUAAAGCAAGCAAGGAAGGCUUUUGAGGUAGAUGAAGAGAAGCUAGCGUCAACGGAGUGACAUGGGAUAGGAAUAGUUGACGGGUAGCUGUUUGUAGAUAGUGGAACUGGAUAAAUCAAUCUGAGUUUAAAAAGUUUCUCCGAGCAAAGGUGGUGCAGACCCAUUUGAAAGGAUGGAAUCCAUCAUUUCAUGUUGUAACCAUUGUCAAAGCAUAUGCGGGAAGGAUUGCUGCAAACUUCAGGAAUGCCUUCCCAAGUUUUAAUAGUUGACACACGGAAGUGGACUUUGAGUUGUAAAUUAGCCUUACGGCCGCAUUCUUAAUUAUGGAUCAAGAAUCUUAACUAUUGAUCCAUGCAGAUGGUUAUGCAAGUGCGUAGAACUGUGCUCCGCCCAGUUACUUAGGACAGAAAAACAGCAUCUUGGAUGCUCUAGAGUUUUAGUUUGUUCAUUUCCCAGCGUAUAUGAAUCUCCUUGAGUCUA